UGCUGUCUGCCAGCUUAGUUCAUAUUUCACGGCACUCAGGUGCUGCCCUCUCUAGGCCUGCCCAGAUCAGUGGGACGCUGGUCCCACUCGCACUCGCUCACUCACUCAGCGGCCUAGACCCAGACAACAAGUGGGCAUGGCCCUCCCGGGCCAUGGGCACAAACACACAAGCCUGUGUACCCACCACGACUUUGCAAAGCAAAAAGCCUCCGAAGACAUUUAUCACUGAAUCCUGACCCUCUGCAGCGUCACCAAAUAAUUUUGUUUCACACAGUGAAGAGGCGGGGCCAGGAGCUUGGAUUCGACCCCUGCAACCUCAACUAGAUAAAGCUGUGAGCAGGGAGUGGGCGUGAUGCCACAAUGGUCAAGUGUGAGGGUGAUGCCACAAUGGUCAAGUGUGAGGGUGAUGCCACAAUGGUCAAGUGUGAGGGUGAUGCCACAAUGGUCAAGUGUGAGGGUGAUGCCACACUAAUUGAGGGUGAGGGUGAUGGUACAGUGGUCAAGUAUAAGAGUAAUGGUACAUUGGUGGAGUAUGGGAGUGAUGGUACAAUGGUGGAGUGUGAGCGGCGGGGGUCAGUGACGAGGCUGCUGCAGGAGUGUGUGGAGUUGUACACACCGCCCACCCCACUCCACCACCCACCUCCACACCCUGACUGUUGGGACGAGGCACGAAGACCACUCAGGCAAGACAAGGACAAACACCUGGCUAGUACGAGGCUCGCCAAAAAACCUGCUCCUCAAACACAAACCAAAACAGAGCGUAAAAAUGUAGCCGAAAUCCCUGUGGGCAAGGAGAAAACGCAUCCACCUAUAACUCGAGUGUCGAAUACCAGUAAUGCUAAGAAGACUACUGGAGAUCCUGUCAAGAAAAACACCUCCAAAGUUACUGUAGGUCCAGGAAGACCUGCCGCUAAAAAGAAGACCUCAAGUGAGAAGAGUGGAAGCAAGAGUGUGGCUAGCACUGACCAAGACACACCGCUUAAACCACGUCCCAUGGCGAUGGGCGGGUGUUCUGGAGCAUAUCACCGGGCGGUGCAGGAGGUACGAAGGGUACCUCCUGAAGACAGUGUGGUACAGUUGGGUCACCCAGGUGAUGACCACCUCAUACUCUACCAGACACCUGCCAAUCAUCACGCCAUUAAUACCAGUUCCUUCACAGUGGCGAUGGCAGCCUCAAAGAUGAGGUCUCUAGGGCAGCGGAAGAGCGUGACCAGCCACCAUGGUGUGUGUGUGGGACCCUGGGACGACGACAGUGAUCGCACCUCCCUGGCACCCUCCACCCUGGGAGUACGCAGUGUAGAGAGACCAAAACCCGGCAGGAAGUUAUUCGAGGAUGCGUACGUGUUUACCUGGAGUCAGCCCAUCCUGACGGCUGACAGUAGCGACUUUACCAUCACCUUCGACAAGCCCAAGAAGGUGACCACGUCUAAUAGUGCUUUUAUUUAUAGGGAAGCGCUAAACCCGCACUUGGUUAUACAGCGCUUGGGUGAUGAGGGGUAA